AUGAGGCUCAUCCCAACGUCCAACAGCGUCGACAGAAAGCUGGGGGAUCGCCGUAUGGGCCAGGGUUGCGUGCUAACGUCUCAGGGAUGCCCCCUGUGGAUCUGCGCAGGGAUCGGCGAGCCUGGCGGAUCAGACAACGCCUCCACGAGAAAACAGACCAUCGGGAUGCCCAAGAACCAGGGGAAACUCUGUGGCCGCCUCGAUUCGCGGGAUUUCCUCCCUACCGAGAACGACUUGAGACGACGCGAGAGGCGUGAAAGCAGAGGCAAAAUCAAUGUGCAAAAUUGCGAGGACCCAACGACGAUGAUUCUUUCCCCAUCACGGCCUGACGACACUCAAGCGCCUCGGAUUGUGGGACCACCCUGCGAUGCGACGGCGCUCGCGUCGAUCUGCCAGAUGCCGUCACAUCCUGAAUGGGUCUUGGCGCCCGCCCACAGACCCGUCCAUCGUUGGCAAGUCGACACGACAGGCCUUUCCUGACCCGUUGACGUACCUCCCUGCGCGAGCCCUCAUUUAUUCCACCGCGAUCCAGUGCCUCGAUCUGGAAGGGCACUCCGACGAGGGACCAGGGAUCGGAGUGGCGGGCUGCUGGGACAUGAAACAAGACGGGUGUGGGGGCCGUGGCCUAGCCGUUGGGUCGCGGAUCGCACCACCACGUCAUGAUUUCGGAGCGGCAUGCUAUCCCCCGCGGAAGCCGAUUCGACAGAGGACAGGAUGACUUUUUGGCGUGGGC